AUGGCCGCAAAUGCUGCCGAUAGUCAGCUCUCGGCCUUGUUGCAGCUGGGUUCCCUCGACGAAUACCCGAAUUGCUAUCCCGAGAUCAACCCUCAAGACAUCUACCGCGCUCACAUCACUUCCAUCCUUCACAAGAUCAGCGGUGUCGACAAAACCAUCAUUUAUAAUGCCCUCCAAUGGACCGCCUCGUUGGACAAGGGCGAUAUGAUCCUCGCCAUCCCCGCCCUUCGUGUCAAGGGCAAGCCCAACGAGCUUGGAGAUAAAUGGUUGGAGAGUUGGCCCGAAUCUCCCCUCGUCGAAAAGCCCGUCGUCAACGGAACCUUUAUGCCCUUCUUCUUCAAGCCCGGCCCUCUAACACAAGCAACUAUACCAAUCGCUCGGAAGCUCGGACAUGAGUUCGGCGCAAACAAGGCCAACGGUCUCAAAGAUCGGGCCGAUCCAUCAAAGGGCAAGAAGCGCAUGCUCGUGGAAUUCUCGAGUCCGAAUAUUGCCAAACCUUUCCACGCUGGUCACCUGCGAAGUACCAUCAUUGGAGGAUUUCUAAGCAACCUGUACACCGUUGCGGGAUGGGAUGUCGUUCGCAUCAACUAUCUCGGUGACUGGGGAAAGCAGUAUGGUAUUCUUGCUGUCGGCUUUGAGAGGUACGGCAACGAGGAAGCCCUGGCUCGGGACCCCAUCAAUCAUCUCUUCGAGAUUUACGUCAAGGUCAACAAGGAAAUCGCUGAAGAGAAGGAGAAGAGUGAAAGUUUACAGAAAGAUGGGAAAACAGAAGAGGCCCAGAGCAUCAUCGAAAGUGGCACCGAUGAGCAAGCCCGGCGUUACUUCAAGCUGAUGGUGGACGGGGACGAGAAAGCACUUGCUCUAUGGAAGCGGUUCCGAGAGCUCAGUAUCGAUCGAUAUAAAGAGACUUAUAACCGACUGAAUAUCCAGUUCGAUGAGUAUUCAGGCGAAAGUCAAGUGUCAGAAGAGGCCAUGAAUGCAGCGGCCAAGGAGAUGCUGGAAAAGGGUAUCGCCGAGGAGUCACAAGGAGCGCUCAUUGUUGACUUCAGCAAGCACGUGCCAGGAAAGGUGGGCAAGGCACUAGAGAAACCCAUCAUCCGAAGGAAAGAUGGUACUGCCCUCUACCUCACUCGUGAUAUCAGCGAACUUUUGAAUCGUGAGCAAAAGUACCAUUUUGACCAGAUGAUAUACGUCAUAGCUUCCCAACAGGAUCUCCAUGUCAAGCAGUUCUUCAAGAUCAUAGAGCUGAUGGGCCAUAAGGAUAUUGCGGCCAAGGUGCAACACAUCAACUUUGGGCUUGUCUUGGGUAUGAGUACUCGCAAGGGCACUGUGAAGUUCUUGGACGAUAUUCUUCGUGACGUCGGUGACUACAUGCACGAUGUUAUGAGAAAGAACCAGGACAAGUAUCAGCAGGUUGAAAAUCCUGAUGCAGUUGCUGACAUUCUUGGUAUCAGCGCCGUUAUGUGUCAAGAUAUGACAGGCAAGAGGAUCAACAACUACCAGUUCGAUAUGGCUGUUAUGACCUCGUUCGAGGGUGAUACUGGCCCUUAUCUUCAGUAUGCACACGCUCGGUUAUGUUCCAUCACCCGCAAGGCUGGCCUUAGCGAAGAAGAUAUCGCCUCAGCCGACUUAUCUCUGCUCACCGAGGUUCACGCCGUCAACCUUGUGCGUGUAUUGUCCCAAUGGCCCGACGUCGUACAAAACACACUUCGUACACUUGAGCCUACCACGGUCUUGACCUACCUUUUCAAGAUGACACACAUCUUGAGUUCAAGCUACGAUCACCUCAGGAUUGUAGGCCAAGAGUCAGAGCUCAUGAAAGCUCGUAUGGCUUUGUAUGAUGCAGCGCGAAUUGUCCUUAGCAAUGGAAUGCGCUUACUCGGACUUACGCCCGUGGAAAGGUGA